AUGACGACGCGCCAGCCCCUCCAAACCCUUCCCCCGCCGUCGGCCAACGUUAUCAACACCCGCUACGCCCACCUCCAACGGCCCGCGAGCACCCAGGACGACGUGCAAGAUGCAGCUUCCGUCGGGUCUGCGCUGAGCGACCUCGAAAACGAUGCCGAGGACGAAUUCGAGAAGCGCAUGAUCCAGAAUGCGCGCGACGAGCGGCGGCUGAACCAGGCGCUGGGCAGCAGACCGCAGGCUUUCCGGAAGGCACGCACGCACCCACGCGUCGGGCUGACUCUGGACAACCUGGAGAGGAACAACGCGGUAGCUGGGGCGGAUGGCCAUGUCAAAUUUGAGAGCCCGCCCAGCAGCACCGGGAGCGCGAGGAGCGACCCGGCGAUACACGCGCCAGCUACAUGGGGGAGGAAGAGCAGGAGCAACCGGAACUGGAUGCGUACCAUCACGUACGAGGAAGAGCAGCAGCAGACACCCGAGCGAGCCGACGACACAAUACACGACCACUACGAUGAAGCACAUGCAAACGUGCCGCGUCGCUCAGUCGAAGACAGCCCGCUCUCGCACAAGGGCACACCACGCAACGACCAGUCGCAAGAGUGGGACCUUACGUUCGAGCUCAACGAAGCCUCUAUGAUAGCAUCCACGCCUUACAUACCACGGAACACUGUGCUAGACGAUAUACGGCAGAGAGAGAUGGAGAGUGUCAAGGAGCAGGCAGCCACUGCCCGGCUGGAGAGAAUGCGCCAAGGGUCGCCCGAACAAUCGCGCCCGCGGACGUCUUCUGUACGGACGCUAGACACUGUAGAUAGCAGCGCGAGAAUAACAGAUCAGGUGACACAGCCAGCUCCUUCGCCGAAGCGGAGACUGCGCACGCGGACCCAUUCGUGGCAGUCCAUUGGGAAGGCGCAGCCGGUCACGGGCAUCGGCAUGGAAGACCCGCCAGUUGCCAUGUACAAGAGUGCCGAGAACAUAGCUGCAGUAGAUCGCGAAGUAGUCGUCACAGCCCAGCCUGUCCCACCAAGACGCAUACCGAACCGAAGAGAAGACUCACAGGAUCUAUUGCGGCGGCUCGCGAGAGUCUCCAAUACACCAAGCCCGAGACAGGCAGCACCAUCCAGACCGGAAUCUGCGCCCCCGGCACCGCUCGACAGCGCACCGCAGACUGUGCUGACCGAGACUACGCAAUCUGAAAGCAAACCCGCCUCUGUAGAGGAGACGCCCGUCUCUGCUGAGGGUCCCGAUGCGGCAGCAGCGACCUCGACCGUACGGCAAGAGCACAAUGAAUCCAAGGAAGCUGCGGCAAGUACCGAGCAGGUGGAAGCUACACCAAUGCCGAAAGAGCGACCCGCCCUAAACCCGAAGACGCCAGUGGUGACUGGUGCUUGGGUCGAUACACCAGGCCCGCGUACAGUACAAAGACCUGCCGUAGCGUCAAGGUCGCGUUCACUUUCACCCAAGAAAGGCAGUCCGCGCAAGCGAAGACCGUCUGAGAAGGCCGAAGAGCCAUCCGAAGCCAUGCCCUUAGAGCCUGUUCGCCCUCAGCUUCCAAAGUCUGCAUUGCAGGCUCUCGUAGACGAAGCCAAAUCUCAAGGCAGACGGCCAUCAGCCGACUUCGGCGAUUCGACCAUCAACUCACUCGAAGAUCUCAUCGCUCCGUCAGGUGAAAGCCAAAUAGACGAAGACACUCUUCAAGGCCUUCAGCUACCGACCGAGACUCCUCGUAACGAGGCAGAGCGCCAGCGACAGCAGGAGCUGUUACAUCUCCACCGCAUGAACGACCGGCUUCGCGCAGCGCGGACCAGCAUUCGCGACGCAAGCCGCGGCAUGAAGCGCGUCGAAGACCAAGUCGAGCACGUAGAAGAGGGCGAAAACGGCGAAAAAGUCAAAGUGACAUCGAACAGUUGGGGGAGAGCGUGGGGCGGGCUCACAGGCUUGAGUAUCUUCUUGAUAGUCCUUUUCACUUGGUGGAUAAGUGAAGAGAUCGCUUGCGAGAUGUACUGCCAGCCGAUGUAUGCUUACUCGUCGCCCCACCCAUUCAGCGUCAACAUGAAGGCUCCCAAGUUCCCCUUUGUCAUACCCACACUCAUCUACCGGACCUUCGUUCAAGGCUGGUGGGUACCAAUAUCGUCCUUCUUUUCUUGGAUUGCCGCCACCAUGUGGAGUUUAUUCUUUGGUUUCGAAGAGGCGCAGGCCGUUAAUUACAGUGCCAGCCAGACUAUCAAAGCUGGGAGCACCAUGAGGGAAAGCCACUGGAUUAGCGACGAGGCGGCUAAACUUAUGGAGGAGAAGGGCUGGGAUCACAGCAUGUUUGAAGACGAGAUUCUGCCCGGGGGCAGGUGA